ACAAUGAGCUGUCUUACAGUAUAACUAGGGAUGCCACUGCUCAGCAGUUCUUUGCUGUCAACAAUCGAGGUGAAAUCUACCUCAUUAGAUCUCCUGCCGAAAACCAAGCCAUUAGCAGAUUUAAUAUGACCGUUGAUGUCCGUGACCAAGGCCUUCCAACCAACAGGCCAGCAAAUCCAAACCCAGCCUUUGUCACCAUCAAUGUGAUACGCAAUGCCAACCCACCCAUCUUUUUCACAAGAGUGUACAACAGGGUCAUACCUGAAAACACAACAAUAGGCCAGUUUGUGGAAACAGUCACAGCUACAGAUGCUGACUCACAGGGAAACUUUGGUACUCUGAGAUACAGCAUUAUUGGAGAUGGCACAUCUGAUACUUAUUUCCAAAUAAAUCAGAACAGUGGAAUUGUGUCAGUGAGAACUACCCUGACAAACACACCCAUCAAUGACUUCACAGUCCGUGUUGUGGCACAAGAUGGCGGAACCCCUCCGCGGUCUGCCAUAGCACUGCUGUAUGUAACAGUUACAAGAAAUUUUCAACGUCCAGCGUGGAGUUCUGCAGCGUAUACCAUCGAGAUCCCGGAGACAACCCCAGUGCUUGAGAAUAUCCUGCGUCUCACAGCAAGAGAUGGCGAUGCCCAGCCCCCCAACAAUGAAGUGACGUAUGAGCUUGUAGGAGAUGCUGUACAACUCUAUUACUUUGAGAUUGUCAGUUCCACUGGUGAUAUCCGCCCGAGGCGUCCACUUACUUCCGAUACAAACAGAAGAAGUCAGUUUAAUUUUGUUGUGAUCGCUCGAGAUAAAGGCAGCCCUCCUCUCACUGCUGCAUUCAAUGCCUCUGUGACAAUAUCAGUGUUCAGAAACAACAACGCCCCUCGGUUCAUCCAGGAUCCCUACUCCAUUACAGUAUCUCAGGGCCUGGGCAGUCGCACGGUCAUCUCGGUCAGGGCAGUUGAUGAUGACCUUUCUACGGAAUUCAACCAGAUCUCAUAUUCCAUUAAGGGUCCAGCAAAUGCUCUGGCUCUGUUUACAAUUGAUGGGUUAGGCAAUAUUCAGGCAACAAACCCUGCAGCUAUCAACAGUGCCUCAGAGACAAAUUAUAAGAUUUAUGUUCGAGCUGAGGACAAUGGCAGUCCCAGACUGUACGACAUUGCCCUUGUUGAACUCACCAUCAACCGGAACCUGAACCCACCCAUCUUCACCCCCGUCACCUAUGAAGUGACCAUUCCGGAGACCUGGCCAAUUGGAGACGUGGUUCUCAGAGUGACAGCUUCAGAUGCUGAUAACCUGGCCCCUUACAACACUGUGCAGUAUGAGGUCAACAACCUUCUCUCCAGUGUUCCUGGACGGCUGUACUUCAUGGUGGACCGGAACACUGGUGGAGUCAGUCUCAGGUGCUUUCUGGAAUCGGACACAGGCUACACUGGAGUAUACACGAUUGUUGUUGAUGCAGUAGAUGGAGGUGGACUAAGGGCUAAUCCGCCUGCCAAUGUUGAAAUCAUCGUGGACAGAAAUACAACGCUGCAGCCACCCAAUGAUACCAAUUCCAUGUCACCCAGAGCAUCCCUCUGUUGCCAGGAGCCUCUGCUCCCGUACUGGGGUGGAAACAGUAAGACUUACAUCACUUGAUGUAUAUCAUAUGAGUACUGGGGUAAUCGACUCAAAAGCAUUCGGGUUUAUGUUCUACAAUGUAAUUUACACAGUCACUAUAACUAAAUACUUCAAUGCGCAAUAUUUUCUGGUUUAAAUGUGUUACUAUUGGGUUUAUAUGACUAAGGCGGAUUUCCAUGAAGAUGAAAGUCUCAAUAUUGCAAAAUGUAUCCUAUGAAUAUUUGCAUUCUAAAUGAACACUUUGUUAUACAGACGCUUUAAUGUUACUUUCUUAUGACGAUGAAAUUAAUUUUAGUUGUUUGUAUAUUCUCAUAUAAGGGAUCAACCUUUACUAUGUGCAGUCCAACUUUGAAUCCAUUAAGUCCAGUCUAUGUGUCCCUCACCGUUUCUCGGGUCCGGUACAUGUCAAUGAAUGAGUUGGAUGGAAAUGUCUGUCUGUGAUUAUAUAUUUAUUAUUUUGUUCAUUUAUACAUGUAUCGUUCGUAUUUUUCUUGUGCAACAUCAAACUUCGAAUGAUAAUCAUGUUCAUAAUACUAUAUUAUGAUGUGGACAACAAAUACACAUUCAUUUUCAGGAAAGCAUCUAUUUUCAGCACUACCAUUUACAAUGUUUUUCAGAGCAGUUUUAUUUUACAAGCGAUGUGCCAUGAUAGACUCUCAGUGUAGUCAUUAGUGUGUGAUUACACUGAUACUCUGGCACUGGCGGAAUUAUGCGUAUGC